GCAUUAUCCAUGCUUUCGUGUAGAGCAGCAGCUCCCUAAUCCAAGGGUUAUACCAGUGGUUCUUAAACUGGGUGUCACGGCUCCCUGGGGCAAGGUCUAUCCGUGGGAUGCCGAGGGAAGCAAGGUCCAUAUAAGUACUUAUAAAGAGCUUGGUGGGAAGUGCCUGGGGGUGCCACACGAGUCCAUGGGAAGAUAAAUUUCAUAUCUGUUACUCUGAUUCAUUUGGUAAUUUUAUGUUUGUUAUUUGAGCAAGUAAAUGGUUUAUUUUGUUUCGAGCUCCAGUGAUUCGCGGAACAGGUGGAGGUUCUCAGUACUGCUAAGGUAAACUCGUGCGUGGGGGAGCAAAGGAAAAGGUGCAGGAAGGAGCACGUGAGGUUAGGUUGCCGUCGCAGAAAAGUGUUUGAGAACCAUUGGGAUAACGAUGAACGAGAACUCCAUAUAGAGCAGUUUUCUGUAUAAAAAUAAUCGUAGGCCGGCGUCAGAGCGGUUCCUUUGAUGAGCCCGCGUCCCCAAUCCCAGUAUUCUUAUCCAUCCGUCCACACCCUGCCGCCUCCCUGCCACGCGGCGGCGAGGCACCAUAAGACUUUUACAUUACGGCGUGACAAACGAGGCAAAGGGGGAGGCUGCUGAGGGGCCUGGAUGCUUCCUGACGGAGGAAUGCGGAUGGGAUGGAGGAGGAUCGGGACCGGAAGAAGCUGAAGAGAAGUAGAAUUUGGUAUCGCGACGAUGCCGGCGCUUACACUGGCAUGCCCUCAGACUGGGCACGGAAGAAGGCGCGCGGGAGGCACGACGGCGCGGAGCAAGGAGAGCAGGACGCGGAAGGGCACGGCGCGGCGAACGAGCGAUUUCUUCCGCUCGUGAGCGACGGGCACGGCGAGAAGCCCUUGCCUCCUCUCCUGACGGGGAUGGAUUCCUGGGGUGGCAUGGCGGCGUGGGGAGGCGUCCUCGGGGACGAGGAACACGAAGCCAUGGCCAGCUUGUUGUAA